AUGAUGCGUGAAGAAAACGAGAUUUUCUACUACGCCGCCGAGGGUUCAGUGAGUGAUUUGGAAAAACACAUCAAGAAGUACCCGAGCUCUCUUCAUAGUAAAGAUCAUCGAAAUAGAACUCCGCUUGCCCACACUGCACUCACCGACAAGGAGAAAAAUGCACAAUUGUUGUUAAAAAAAGGUUUAUCUUGGUGGGACGAGGAUUCGAAUGGAGGAACGGCCAUUCAUUGGGCGACAAAAUGUGCAUCGAUUCGUGUAAUUCGAAUGAUUCUACAAAAUGGGAAAACACCGACGAGUCCGCUGAUGUGCGCGGCUGGGGUUCGACUGCCACAAGCUGUCAAUGUGGUGCUUCUUCUCGGCAAACGAAAACCCCCAGCACUUCCACAUCGAACGAUUGAUGGACAAACUGCGCUACAUUUGGCUGUGGCCGCUGAUAAUAUUCCAGUUGUUGAUGCACUUUUGAAUGAACUUGGAGCGCCAAUACAUGUUCACGACAACGACUACCGUACCCCGUUACAUUAUGCGGCUGAUAUGGGAAAUUUGAAUGCUAUCGAGAAAUUGACUGCGAAAGGGCUGAAAAACACAAAAGAUCGCUUCAACGUCUCUUGCGCCCAUUAUGCAGCUCAAAAUAGCGGCAAAGCGAUGGCAUUGUUGUUGAAAACGCCAACUGGAACAUAUAGAGAAGUCAAAGACGGCGAGAAUCGGAGUUGUUUUAUGUGGGCGGUGGUUGCGGGGAAUAUCGACGCAAUCGAGUUUCUUCUUCAGAAUUGCCCGCCAAGUCGCCAUGAAAUCGACAGUCACGGUUUGACCGCUUUACAUUUGGCGGCUUUAAUGGGAAAUGAGAGAGUGUGCAAAAUUCUCAUCAAACAAGGAUGGCAUUUGUCGGGCGGAGACAAGAACUUCGCGACUCCAAUCCACCUGGCUGCGGGACGGGGACACACCGAUGUUGUUUCAUGUCUUGUGACAGCUGGAGCCGACAUGAAAGCUGUCGAUUUUAUGGAUAGAACAGCCAUUUUCGCCUCGUGUUUCGGUGGACAAGCGCACACACUUUAUGUAAUGAUUAGAGAAUUGGGUUUUGAAUGGAGAACGGCUGUGGAGAAUCAGAGUCGUCCGAUCACGGAUGCAAUGGGGCGAACGCCAUUACAUGCAGCCGCCUAUGGCGGUUUCUCUCAUUGUAUCACACAAAUGUUGAAAAUCGAAGAAGAAGACCCGACAGCUCUUUGUAUUCCGUUGGUCGGUGCGGUGGAUAAUAAUUCGGAGACGGCUCUCCAUGUCGCUUCAUAUCGAGGCCGUUUGGAUUGUGUGUUGGUUUUGUUGAAUCACGGAGCGGCAAUCAAUGCAGUCGAUCACAAUUUGAGGACACCGUACAAAUGUGCGCUUGAUGCUGGACAUAAAGCGGUAGCCGAUCAUCUGCGUGCUCAAGGCGCUCUUCUUUAUGAUGAAUUGUGCUCUUUGGCCGCGACAAUUAUUCAAAAUUGGAUUCGAACGAUUCUAGAGGAAAAGAAAAUGAAGAGGAAAAUCCAAUUGCAAGAUCCGCCGUUUGGAAAUCAAAGAAAGAAUAGCCAAAGGAUUUUAGAGAAAAACGAU